AUGUGUCGAAUUCUUAAGAAGCUCAGACACUUUAACAUUUCAGUUGUCAUUUGUGUACAGACAGCCAAGAGUUUAAGUAAGGAUGUAAAGAGAAUACUUACUGACAUUGUACUUUUCCCUGGAUUGUCCGAAGACGAUUUCAUGGAACUUAUGAAAGAGUCCAUGGCAGGUAAGUUUGACAGACAUGAACUAUGGGAGAAGUACAAAGUCAUACAAGACCCUCAUACUUCUUUCAGAAUUCACAUCUACGCGAACAAAGUUCAAAUUGUAAAAAGUCAAUAA